AUGCCAGACGCAAUCUAUCUAUCUAUCUAUCUAUCUAUCUAUCUAUCUAUCUAUCUCUCUAUAUAUAUAUAUACAUAUAACGACAAUCAUUUGAAGAUUUUGGAAUCGUCAGUUCAUGUCUCUACCAACCUGAUCGCUCUCUUUCUGUCUCUCUCUUUCCGUCGUAAGCUCACUAUGAUUUAUCUACUACGCUUUACAAUUCUGAUCUUAUGUUUGUCAGUUCGUGUCUCUACCAAUCUGAUCUCUCUCUUUCUGUCUCUCUCUUUCCGUCUUCGUGUCUCUACCAAUCUGAUCUCUCUCUUUCUGUCUCUCUCUUUCCGUAGUAAGCUCACUAUGAUUUAUCUACCACGCUUUACAAUUCUGAUCUUAUGUUUGUCAGUUCGUGUCUCUUCGAAUCUGAUCUCUCUCUUUCUGUCUCUCUCUCUCUCAGUUCGUGUCUCUACCAAUCUGAUCUCUCUCUUUCUGUCUCUCACUUUCCGUAGUAAGCUCACUAUGAUUUAUCUACCUCGCUUUACAAUUCUAAUCUUUAUGUUAGUCAGUUCGUGUCUCUACCAAUCUGAUCUAUCACUUUCUGUAUUUCUCUCUUUCCCUAUUCAUGUCUCUACCAAUCUAAUCUCUCUCUUUCUGUCUCUCUCUUUCCGUAUUCGUGUCUCUACCAAUCUAAUCUCUCUCUUUCUGUCUCUCUCUUUCAGUAUUCGUGUCUCUACCAAUCUAAUCUCUCUCUUUCUGUCUCUCUCUUUCCGUAGUAAGAUCACUAUGAUCUAUCUACCUCGCUUUACAAUUCUAACCUUUAUGUCAGUCAGUUCAUGUCUCUACCAAUCUGAUCUCUCUCUUUCUGUCUCUCUCUUUCCGUAG